AUGCCACGCAGCUACCCCACAGCAGGUGGAACGCCCGCCCUGGAAGGGAGGAUGCCAUGCAACAGCUCAACGCUGGUGACUCGUCUGGUGGAGGCGCACGGAGUGGUGCUCGGCAAAACGCGCAUGCAUGAGCUGGCAGAGGGCGUCACCUCCAUCAAUGUGUAUGGAGGCCCCGUGCUGAACCCCUACAACAACACAAUGCAUGUCGGAGGGAGCAGUGGGGGCACCACGGCAGUGGUAGCAAUGCGCAUGGCUGCAGGAGGCUUCUGCUCUGACACAGGGGGUUCCUGCCGGAUCCCAGCCAGUGUGACUGGGGUUGUAGGCUUCAGGCCCAGCACCGGCUGCUGGCCUGCUGCAGAUGGCAUUGUUCCCAUGACUGUCACCCGAGACACUGUUGGUGUGAAUUCCCGCUCAGUCUCUGACGUCAAAUUGUUCAACGAUAUUUUCAGCGACUGUGACAAAUCCUACAAGGCGGUCAAAGUUGAAGGCCUGCGGAUUGGCUACCCCAAGAACUUCUGGGAAGACAUUGGCGAAGAGACCACAGGAGCGUUUGAUGCAGCCAUAGAGGCUCUGAAGGCAGCAGGCGUGAAGCUGGUGGAAAUGGACAUGAGCCUUCUCGUUGAUGCUGGAAACAAGCUGCUGCCUGACGUCCUCUUCUACACCUAUGAGAUGCCCAGGGAACUCUCAAGGUACUUGUUUCAGCAUGGCUACAACAUCUCUUUGGUGGAAUUAGUGGAUAAGAUUGCCUCACCCAUGGUGAAGGAUGCAAUGAUUCAACGCACCUACAAGAAGCUGGACAGCUACCCAACCCCUGCUGACUACACUCUGGCGCUCGACACAUAUCUGCCGCAGCUGAAGGCGCUGUGGAAGUCCUACCAUGACAUCUAUGAUGUGGAUGUGCUUCUGGUGCCCACCACGCCAAUCACUGCACGGCCUAUCGAUGACGUGGAGCCUUAUGUCAGCAUCAAUGGCCGCAAGGAGGACAAUCUGGAGAUCUAUGGGCGAAUGAACAUGAUAGACUGCCCGCUGGGAAUCCCAGGGCUGAGCAUCCCCGUGGGCCUUGCAGCAGACGGCAUGCCCAUUGGCAUCAUGCUAUACGGUCGCCCAGGUGCUGACGCGGAUGUGUUGUCAAUUGGGGAGGCAAUAGAGCCACUGUUUGCUGUGACGCCGCCCCCUGCAGAGGAGCAGCAAUGCAGCGGGUGCACUCCAUCUGUGAAGGUGGUAAACGUGACAUGGAAUGGUGUUGGGACGCCUCUGGAGACAGACACCACCAGCGCUUACACUCUGGAGCUGGCAGGAGACUGCGCCUUGAAGAGCGCCAUCUCUGCUGCCUAGGGUGUACUACAGUAGUGUAGUACAGCGUCUGCCUGCAAUCAGGGUGCCAGCGGCGCGUGCCCAACGCGAAAGUACUGCAGUUGAUUAAUUCAAUAUUGAAAUUCACAGUUUCAUGAUGUGUACGCGAGGCUGGACUGCACAGAGUCAGGGUGCUUGUACACUGCAGGGCAAUGCACUGCAUGACAUUUUCUGAAAGGUUCUGUACCACCAGUGUACCCGGAACUCUCUAGCCUAUAGAUUACUACUCCGCCUCAACUGUUCCAUGCUGUACAGCACGUGUGCGCAUGCAGAUUGAGCUUUGUACAUGUACCACUUGACAAUCUUGACGGGUGAUCACAUUGGUUUUAAUGCAAUUGGAAAUGGGAUUGACUUGAAUCGGAUUGCAUGCUCAUGUCUUCGAGGUGACAACUUUAAAAGCUAUAGACAUCAGUGACUUUAGAUCGGUACCAAACUUGCUCUGCAGGACAAUCAAUUGAAGCCAGCCCUACUUGCGCGCUGACAUAUGCUUGUAAGCAAUCUCUGUUCAAAUC